AUGACAUCUUCAAACCAAAUACCGGACCUCAGAACACUCCUCGGAUCCGGCCGUGGAGGAGGACUCAGAGGACGAGGGCGUGGUAGAGGCGGUCCUGGGAGCUCCAGCGACGAAGUCAGAGACAAUGCAGUCAAAGGAACUGAUCAGGACGCUGCGGGGAGCAGGGUGAGCUGUGUAGAGCUGGGCUAUCUGCAUGAUCCAUAUGCAAAGCUCUUUGCAACACAACCCUCGACGAGGAGACUUCCAUUACUAAACAGAGGCUCCUAUGUCCGCACCUCCGCAAUCGACAUACUCGUCACCAAGUUCCUCCUCACAUAUCCUUCCUCUGCGAAACAGAUAGUGUCGCUCGGUGCUGGCACUGACACACGAUUCUUUCGCCUCCUCGACGCCUACCCUGACGCCCGUCUAAUCUACCACGAGAUCGACUUCCCAACCAAUACUUUACCCAAGAUCGCAUGCAUACAGAGAGCACCAGUGCUAUAUCGCAAACUACUUCAGAUACCCAGGACAUCGAGUUCAUACCAUUCAGCGACAUACAACAUACAUGCGCUCGACCUGCGCUCCUUGGCUACCCCUUCAGACGAUGCGCCGCUGCCAGAGCUGCCCAACCUCGACCCUACUAUACCCACCUUAAUACUCUCAGAGAUGUGUCUCGUGUACCUACAACCUCAGACAGUCCAGUCUAUCAUAUCGACCUUUACCACACACUACCUCGAACCUACCACACCCGCGUCCAUCAUACUCUACGAACCAAUACUACCACGGGAUGCCUUUGGCAGGACCAUGAUCUCGAAUCUACAAACUCGAAACAUACACCUCCCUACGCUCACCUCAUACCCGGAGCUUGGCGAUCAGCGUGCACGAUUGAGCGGGUACGGCUUCAAGGACGGCGCGAAAGCGGCAGACACGAACUUCAUUUGGAAGCAUUGGAUAAGCGAGGACGAGAAGGAGCGUGUCGGUAGUCUGGAGAUGCUAGAUGAGCUAGAGGAACUAGAGCUCUUACUCAAACAUUACUGUUUUGCCUGGGGUUGGAGAGAUGGAGAGAGCGAUAUAUUUUCAAAGGCUUGGGCUGCUGUUCAAGAGCAGGCGUAGAUUGGCAUCAAGCCCAGACGCACUGUACCAUAGCGAAUAACAAGUUUACU